AUCUAAACUAUGUCACCUAAACUUUAGGGAUAUUCCUAAAGAAUUGGUCAUCACAAACCAAUUUGUGUAGAUUAGGAUUUCCACAAUUAUUCAAAUAAAACAAACUCGUUCAUUUCUUACUGUAGAGACUGCAAAAAGAAUUACGUGGCAUCCAAGCUUCAAGAGCACAUUACAAGCAUUGAUUGCCCUGUCCCUGAUUGCAAAGGGUCACUAGACCCCGAGUAUUGUCGUCCAAUGCUGCCCUCUGAAGUGGUUGAGAGGUGGGAAAGCGCUCUACGUGAGACUAUGAUUGUUGGGUCUCAGAGAUUUUACUGUCCCUUCAAGGACUGCUCGAUAAUGUUGAUUGAGGAUGGGACACAGGUUGUAGCAGAGUCGGAGUGCCCUAAUUGUAAGAGAAUGUUUUGUGCGCAGUGUAAGGUUCCUUGGCACACCGAGAUUGAAUGCGAAGAGUUUCAGAAGCUGAAUGAGAAUGAGCCGGAGAAGGAGGAUAUCAUGCUGAGGAACCUUGCUCGGAAGCGGCAUUGGAGUAGGUGUCCAAAGUGUAGGUUCUAUGUGGAAAGAACAUAUGGUGCUGGUGCGGAACUUGUUUCUUCUACGGUACCGAACAAAUUUAAGGAAGCAAUAUCUGUAUGAUAGAUUUAAAGAAGCAAUGUUCUUUUUCAUUUGAGCUCACUAUUUUAUGGAUAUAAAGAUUAGGAAACGAACACCAAGGGGCUGAGUUUCAAGGCUUCUGCUACCUCCCAUAUGGUCUUUGCUUAUUAUCCUCGUUAUGUAUGGUGGUAUAUAUCCUGUUUGCUUUAUGAUAUAUCUCUCCAUUUUCUUGAUUCAACUUUUAUCAUAACCAUAUUUGGUUAUUUUCUAGAUUGGGGUUAUGUAUUCGGUUAAACUUUGGUUCCUUCAAGGUAUCAAAAUUCUAAUUUUUAGUUGCAUGAUGUUGGAUCCACUCCAUGUCUUAUCAAGUCUUCUACUACUAGUGCUCUACUACUAGUGCUAUAUUCUUUCAAAGCUAGUAGUUCAUUUUUGUUUUUCCCCAUGAAAAGGAGCAAAGCUCGCUAGUGGUCAUUGAUUUAUCUUUCUACCCUAAAUUGAAUUGGAAUAGUACUUUAGUUUGAUUGGUUUUUGUUGAGAAAGAUCAGAUGUAUGAUUGAUUGAUUGGUGGGUAGGGGCAUGAAUGAAAUGGUAAAAGCGCUAGUUUGUUUCGUUUUGUGAUGGCAGUCGCAAACUGGCUAAAAAGUCGAUCGAUCAUUUUCCCAAAUUAAUAUUUUUUUU